AUGUUGAACGGCAGAGAAGUGAAGGACUACCUGUCACGCCAUCACAUAUCACAGCUGCUGGAGGUGAGACAUUUUUUGAUUAAGUAAAAUGCUUCUUGUUUGUUCUUUUUUAAGAGUUUCUGCUGUUGACCAAAACUCUCUCUGCAUCAUUUCUGCAUAUUUGCUAAAAGCAAAAUUUAUUAGUUAGUUAGUUAUCCAAAGUAAUAUCAAAUAUAUCAGAAAUAAAACUUUUGAUAUUUUCAGAAAAUCACUUCUUUGAAAAAUAUAUUUAGGACACUUGUGAGACAAAUUUUCCCGCAAGUGGUUGUCAUUUUGUUGUUAGGAGGUGAAGGAAGAUCCUAUUUUCACAGUAGACUAGAAACAGAUGGGUGACUGCUUUGACUUGAAGUUCAGGAACGCUCGAGGUAGCUGUUAAUGUAGCGAUAAAUAUAAGGACAAUUAUGAGGGUGGCUUUGAUAUUGAAGAAACUAUAACCUUGGAUUUUUUGAUUUUUCUAUGAUGAUUUAAGAUUUAAAACUUCAAAAGCUGCCCGUACAAAAAAACAAGCAUGAGAUUUAAAAGACCACAGGUGCAGGGGCUUUAGCAAAAUAGAGGCACUCGCUCUGGAUGUACUUUACACUGAUUGGAGCUAAACAGUAAAUUGUGAGUGUUGUUUUAGCAUACGGACAUGAUGGGCAGUUGGUUUCCAAGGUAGCAGCAUUCAAGAUCACAGAAGUGGGUGAGAGGAGAGACCCAGAGACUUACCAUACUCCACUAAAGGGAGAGAGAGAGAGCAAAAGAGAUUUAUCAUCAAAUUAUGAGCUGUUCAACCUGUUUAAUAAAACCGUCUGAAAACCUAUAUUUUAUCCAGAUUAUAGAGUCAGUCAGACAGAGACAUGCAGAAAAAGUUCAAAGUAAAAGGUAAUAAGUACGCAUAAUACAGGAAAUGUACAACAUGUGGUUUGUGCUUCUCCAUUUACAUGUGAAUUAUUGUUGGUUUUAUUUUUCUGUUCAUUGGUUCUACUGUGAAAGCAGCUAAUUUGUCCAUUAUCGGGGUUCAAGCUCAGGUUACUUUGUUUUUACUUGCAGGUAGAUUUGUUUUGCAGCAAGCCAAUGACAAAAAACAGUCAACACAUUUAACUUAUUAACCAGAUGGACACUGAUUUGCAAUCUAGUUGCAAGGACAGGAUUUGAUUGAAUGAAUUCAUUCGACUCUAUGUCUCAGAGUUUGUUAACAGGGCUUCUGUAUCACCAUCCUGAGGACCCAAUCAGCUUCCUGCACAGUUGCCUAAUUAUAACCACACAGCUUGGAGGUCCUGGGGCUAUCACUUGGAACUCCUUUAUCCACCUGGAGGGGCAGCAGCUGAGUCAUGGACCACCUAGAACAACAUGUGUACCAACUAUGACAACAAGUGAAGCCGCCACGACAGCAUCUCUGCCCCUAAUAACGACAUCUGUACCACUAGAUACUGUAUCUGCACCUCCGAGGACAAUGUUUUUGCCCCCUAGAACAACUCCUUUUCCCUCUGCAACACCACUGAUACCACAAAAAAAUCCCCAGAUAAUCCCAACACUAUCAACAAUCUCCAAACCAGCAUCUAUACCACCUAUAACCCCUCCCAAAAUAGCCCCUUUAGUCCAAACAUCAGCACUUAUAUUCAAACCAGCAACCGUAAAAUGCCAAAUUUCAUCCCCUUUGCCGCGAACACCAAUACCUCAGCCAAUAACUCCUACACUCACACCUUGGAUAAUUCCCCCAAUAACUACCACUGCAGCCCCACCUCCAUACUCUCUGCCCAUAACUCCCCCCAUCAAGCCCAAAAUAGCAGUCUUACCACCACUGACACCCCAACUUCCCCCCAUUAAUAAUAAAACUCUAUUAAAACCUUCACAAAUAGCAUCCGAAGAACAUCCACAAAUCCUCCUCCAAGCUCAGUCUACACCAGAAGUGACCUCACCACCGGUCUUUGCUGAGAGUAAGGAAGAACCAGAAUCAUUCAAUAUACGAGGUAAGCAAUGGGAUUCAGAGACUGAUCCCCAAGUAGUCUUUCUCUGCUUUGGGAUUUCAAUGACCAAGGACUUAUUUGUUACUGAAAUGUUGUUCAGUCGCAGCUUAAUUAAAGCUCAUUAACAAAAAGUCUCUUCUGAAGACUCUGUCUUUGGGGCUUGUUUUUCAAGUAGUUUUGUAAUUCUUGACUCCAAAAUGUUUCUUUUUUACUUUUAGAGUUUAAUCUUCAAGAGUUAUGCCCUUGAGAAGGUCUAUGUGACAGCUUUAGGGUUACGUAGACCUUGAAUUAAUUGAUUAGACUCUCCAUUGUGCCCCUGCAGGUCUUCCUCCUUCUCCAGUACGGUCUCAGCUCUCCAUAGACUCAGACUCUGACAUGACAGAAAGUUCUGGACUCCAACAGGAAGUCAGCAUCAAACCUCCAAAGAGGCCCCGUCCCGUCAUUAUCUUUAUCACUGGUAAUUGAACCUAAGCUAUAUCACUGAAUGGUUAACAAGUCAGACCCACAACAAGUCAAAUAUCCAAACAUUAUAUGUUCCAUCAGGUGGACCAGGAAGUGGAAAGGGAAGUCAAGCAGCUCGACUGGCUCAGGAUUUCAAUCUCAGAGUCAUCUCAUUGGCUGAACUCAUCAGGAAGCAGCUACUAAGCCAAGCUUCCCCAAGCAAGAAGUGGGAGGUUAUUUCACAGAUGAUGAGUCAUGGGGAGCUGGAUCUCCAGGUAAGGGUAAAAAAUAUUUACUCUGGCUUGUCGGCGGUCACCUUUACUCAGACUGUGACUCUGUAUAAACAUUGUAUGUUUCUAGGAGGAGACAAUCUCAGAGCUCAGGCGAAAUCUGAUCAGUCAACAGGAAGUCAAGGGGUUCAUCGUUGAUGGGUUCCCUCGGGAUGUUCACCAGGCUCUCAGUUUCCAGGAACAGGUAUUGUAACAUUUAACAUGGCGUUCAACAUAGCACAUUAAAAAAAAAAAAAAAUUAUCACUAAUAAAUGUUGACUCUGUUUUCCCCACCUUCUCUUUGCUCAGAUUGGCUCUCCUGACCUAGUGAUGCUCCUGCUUUGCUCCAAUGAGACACUCCGUGGUCGUCUGCAGCGGCGUGCCUCUGAGCUUGGUCUCUUAGGAGACAGUAGCCACGCCUUUCGGAAACGCUUGGACACAUUUCAGAAGGACAUUGUUUCUGUCAGGAGAUACUACAAACAGCUAAAAUUGCUGAAACAGGUACAAAUUUCACAUUUCUAACUAAAACUUUUGACAUACAUGCACUGACACUGAUGCAACCUACCUGCAAACAAAGCUUCACCAGCUUGCAGAGAGAGAAUUUCCCUCCAUAGUAUAUCAUUUUUGUGUAUGCAGGUGGAUGCAGACCGAGAUGAGGACCAGGUAUUUGCUGAUCUGAGUUCAGUCAUCAGAGAAAAACUGCCUCAAAAGGAGUCAUCAAGUAUCGGUCAGUGCAGAUUACUUAAAUGGUUAAAUUUUCUGCCAAACAGACUUAAAAGAAAUGGAAACGAAUAAUGUGAAGAAAAGUGCAAACUGAAUAAUUGACUGUAAAAUUGACAGAUCAUUUUCUCUACUUUCAGAUUCUGCUGAUCUCCCAGAAUGCAACAAGACAGGCCCUGCUGUCCCCUCAAACAUGAACUGAAAAUAACAUGUGCUUUACCUUAAAACUUUGUAAACCAAUCAGAAGUGAACAGUGCGAACCCUUGG